AUGUCUAAAAUAUUUGGAAUUGGAAAUGAUAUUGUCAAAAUAUCCAGACUUCAAUCAUCAUUUGAAAGACAUGGUGAAAAGUUUUUAAAGAGGGCUUUUAGUGAUAAAGAAAUUCAAACAUUUCAAUCAUUAUCCACUGAAGAUAAUAGUAGAAAGUGGGAGUAUUUAGCUGGUAGAUGGUCAGCAAAAGAAUCAAUUUAUAAGGCUAUUGGCGAUCAAGAGCGUUCAAAGUUAAAUUUUCAAAACAUAGAAAUAUUCAAUGAACCAAAUGGUAAACCAUAUGUACACCUAUUAGAACCAACCAAAUCAUAUUUUAAAAAUUUAGGUAUCGAUAAAAUACAUAUUGCAAUUUCUCAUGAUACAGAUUAUGCAAUUGCAAAUGUAAUGUUAGAAUCAUUUAAUAAUAGUAAUAAUAAUAGUAAUGGCGAUAAUAAAUAG